CUCUCUCUCUCUCUCUCUGUCUCUCUCGCCCCGCACGUUAUUCCAAUCGACUCUUCCCCCUCAGGGCCUUACCCUUCCCUUUGUCAGUAUAUUAUUUAUCAGUUCAGACUUCCAGCCGGCUCUCGCAUCGCUUCUCUUCAUUUUCUUCGACACACCAUCCGCUUCUCUUCUCACUUUGAUCCGACACACAAACUCUCAUCGGCCGCAACCGGAGAUAUGUCCGCUGCACGAUCGCCACAACCGUCGUCUUCCUCCUGAGAGACUCUGUGAUCUGGAAUCCGGAAGAAAGCUCUGAAGCACACUCUUGCGGCCGCUUCCAACGCUAGAUCGUCAGGAAAAGCGCCGUCCCUUGAUUUCUCCUCAGGACAAGCAUGGCGGCCACCACCAAGAGUAUCGAUGGAGACGGCGGCGGCGGCGGCGGCGCCGACGAUCGUGUCAUGGCCGCCGCGCAGCAGAUCCUCAAGAGCCUCAACGCUCCCAAGGAAGUCCGCGAGGACAUGCUGCUGAUACUCUCCAGCUUCGACAAUCGCCUCUCCAAGAUCACCGAUCUAAUCAACACCUCCUCGGCCGUCCAGGACCGCUUCGAAUCCGCCGAGAAGGUCAUCCUCCGCUGGGACGCCACCUCGAGCUCUCUCCCCUGGGAGGACUCCCCGGACGAGGCGGCCGAGUACCUGUCCGCCCUCGACGAGAUUCUCCAGCUCUGGGAGAGCCUCUCCGUUCAGAACGAUAAGGACUUGGUUGACCGAGCUGAUACUGCCAUCCAGCUCGCCAUGACGCGUCUGGAGGACGAGUUCCGCCACAUCCUUGUCCGCAACACAGUCCCCCUGGAUGCUGACCGUCUCUACAGCUCGAUCCAAAGGGUUUCGCUCUCUUUUGCUUCCCACGAUGGGGAGAUCAGCGAGGAGUUCGAGAGUUUUGGUGAGGUGGGCAAUGGAACCGGCUCGUGCUUUCACGAGCGGGGAGGUAGUUUGGGCGGCGAUGUGUCAGUGGAUUUGAUAAAUCCCGAUGCAGUGGCAGAAUUGAGAGACAUCGCAGAGAGGAUGAAUCGGUCUGGGUAUGAGAAGGAGUGCAGCCAGGCAUACAGUAGUGUCCGACGCGAAGCCUUGGACGAGUGUUUAGCGGUUCUUGGGGUUGAGAAGCUGAGUAUAGAGGAAGUUCAGAAGAUUGAAUGGAGAGAUUUGGAUGAGAAGAUGAAGAAGUGGGUGCAGGCCGUCAAAAUCACGGUUAGGGUAUUGCUGGCUUGUGAGAAGGGGCUCUGCGAUCAGGUAUUUAUGGGAUCCGAUCACAUAAAGGAUAUCUGCUUUAAUGAGGCUGCAAAAUGCUGUUUGUUGCAAUUGUUGAAUUUUGGGGAGGCAGUUUCGAUUGGGGUUAGGUCACCGGAGAAGCUCUUUAGGAUAUUAGAUAUGUAUGAUGCCCUUAGGGAUGCGUUGCCCGAGCUGCGGGCGAUGGUCACCGAUGAUUUUUUGCUUCGGGAGGCCGAAGGUGUGUUACAUACGCUUGGAGAGGCUGCAAGGGGAACAUUCGCAGAGUUUGAGAAUGCUGUGAAGCGCGAAACUUCUCGGAAACCUAUGCUGUUUGGUGAGAUUCAUCCAUUGACUCGUUAUGUAAUGAAUUACCUGAAGCUCCUCGUGGUUUAUAGCGAGACUCUGAACUCGCUUUUGGAGGGCGGUGAGGAUGAGCUCGAUAGUCUCAGAGAUGAUGCCGAUAAUGAUAAACGACAACUAGAGUCCAUGUCUCCACUGGCACGGCACUUGUUAUCGCUGAUAUCGUCUUUGGAGUCAAACCUCGAGGAGAAAUCGAGACUCUAUGAGGAUGUUGCAAUGCAGUAUGUCUUCCUGAUGAAUAAUAUCUUGUACAUCGUGCAAAAAGUGAAAGACUCUGAGCUUCGGAGUCACUUGGGGGACACUUGGAUUCGCAAGCACCGUUCCCAGGUGCGUCAAUAUGCCACGAGUUAUCUGAGAGCUUCUUGGAGUAAGGCUUUGUCUUGUUUGAAGGAUGAGGGCCUUGGUGGGAGUGCAAGCAAUGCCUCGAGGGUGGCUUUGAAGGAGAGGUUUAAGAAUUUCAAUGCAUGCUUUGAGGAAAUUUAUCGGGUCCAGACAGCCUGGAAGGUCCCUGAUGAGCAGCUAAGAGAUGAGCUUCGAAUAUCCAUAUCCGAGAGAGUGAUCCCAGCAUACCGUUCGUUUGUUGGUCGGUUCCGGAGUCAGCUCGAGAGCGGGAGAAACGUCGGGAAGUACAUUAAGUACACGCCUGAGGAUCUGGAGAAUCACGUUCUGGAUUUGUUCGAAGGGACACCUGGUGUCUUGCAUCAUUUAAGGAGAAAAAGUUCGUAGCAUGUAACAGUGUGAGUACUGAGGCAGAGAGGGACCUGUGAAGCCAUUCACAUGUUGAUGAUAUAAGUUAAUGGAGAUCGAAAUUAUAUUUUUGGCGUUUUUAAACAUCAUAAACACAGGUUUUUGUUAUGCUAUUGUAUGGUUUACAGGUAUAUGUAUGGUGUACAUGUAUGAAUUACGAUAUCUCGGCCAUGUCAUGGUCCAUGUAUAUUAAUUAUAUAUGUUUUUACAGCCAGCUUUGGAGUGAUA